CGGCAUUUCGGUUUUAUGAGAUUCUUCUUCUUCUUCUUUGUUUUUCCUGGGCUGUUAUUGAUGUUACAAUUGUUUACCUUUUUUUCAGAUUUUGGUAAUGUUUUCUGUUCUUCUGGUCCUAAACCUGGAUGCAUGAUUAGGAUUGCCUCAGGUUGGUAAUGGCGGAAAACUUUUUUUUGCAUUAUUAUAACAUGGAUUAUGUUCCCUUGUGCUUCUAUAAAUGAAUGUAGCUCAUAUUCCUAUUUUUCCUUUUUUCUGUUUAUAACUUAUUUUCCUCAAACUGGGUUUUGGUGGCAGUUAUUAGUAUUCGAUUACCAAAUAUAACAACUUUGGUAAAAUAUAACUUUGGUUUUAGCUAACCAUUACAACUACCUGCUUCAGAUAUUCCUACUAAUGACUAACCAGGGUGAGAAAAGCUUUAUGAAUUCAGAAGCUCAUCGCCUAAAGAACAGAAUGAGACAACAGAGGUACAGGGCUCGCAAACGUGAAGAGAAAGCUAAAAGAAAUGGGGAAACAGUUUUACCUGUGGAACUGUUUUUCACAGGUUUGCCAUGUGUGACUAAUGACUUUCCUUUGUCAAGGAAUGAUAUGAGUGCCUUAAACCUAGAGGCUGCUGGAGCUAGGAAUGGGACUAGAUCGGUUGAAUUUGGAUAUGAACAUACUGCAAAUUUCCAGGAAGGAUGCAGUCAAAGUUCUGUCGAGGCUGAAUCUUCUCAGGCUAAAACCAUCAUGGGACAACAACCACAACAGCAGCACAGUGACUUUCAAUUCUUUGGGACAGAUGCUGAGGAUGAUGCAGAUAUUGCAACUGGAGGCCGUCCGACUUGUUACUCUCAGAAGAUUGUACAGCCCUCAUCCAAAAUGCCAAAUGAGUAUGGUGUGAACAGUCUUAUGCAAGGGGGUUAUGUGAUAAACCCUCUUGAUCAAAGACAACAUUUAAUAGGCCUUAAUGACAUCAUGGCCCGUCGCCUUAAGAAUCGAGAACGUCAGCGUAGAUAUAGGGCUCGGAAGCGUCUUGAAGCUGAUAUGAGUAGCCCUUACCUUCUAAGCCAAUCAACUUCAUUGCAAUUAGAAUCACAAUUGAAAGGGGGCAUGAAUAAGUGCAUGACCCGCAUUCAUUGCCCACGAGAUUGGAAGCAAGAUGCAAGAAAAGGCCAGGCAUCAGAGGGACAGGAAAGCGCAUCUAUUGGACUUCUGUUGCCUGCUUCAAAUGUUGUAAGCGAAGACCAGGAACAGGAUUUUGUUUCUGAAGAGAGGGAAGACGGUAAAUUUCUGUCUGAGCAGCCAGUAUGUUUUUCCCUUUCCGAAGUUAAUGGGGUAAGACAUGGCCGGAGAGAUUGGAAAGCAGCUGCAAGAAAUAAGGUGGACUGAAGGAAUUCUGGUCAGGUAGUCUGUUCUGUUGGUGGUGGCCCUCAUCUCUUGGUAAUGAUUUGUUGGCUGGCAGCAUGUAUAUAUUGCUGGUUAUUGUUAAAUUGUCUGGUUGCAUGCCUAUUAACGUUGAAGAUCUUCAAAAUAAGUUAUGACGCGCCAAGAAACCUUCUAUGAAGGA